AUGGUCCAGAGGGACUGGUGGAAUGGACUGCCUCUUCCAGAUCCACAGAAGCCCAGUGCACUACAUGCCAGGGGCACUUUAGAUGUUGGCAGAACAGAUAAGUCCAAGUUCGAGGUUGAGAUGAAGCGCCAGCGCAAACGGUUGCUGAACGCCUUCCUUUUGCAGGAUUGGACCCUGGCCCUAGCUGUGCUGAACCAACUUGCUGCUGGAGACUGUACCUACAACACCUUGGACAUCAGCAUCUAUGACCGAAGCAUAGGCGCCUGUCGUUCUGCUGGAAAUUGGCAGCUGGCCAACUUCUUCCUCGUCUCCAUGCGCUGCCAACGAACAUUUGCAGAUGCUGUCUGCUGCAGCAACGCCAUGAGCACCUGUUCAAAGGAACUGCAGUGGCACGCUGCCACUGCCAUGUUGCAGCAGAUGUUCAUCCAAGCCGUUGUUCCAGAUUUAGUGUGUCUUGGUGCUGUGCUAGGUACCUUACAAUCAGCGGCAGAUCUUCCAGUUUGGACCAAUGCAUUGGCGAUUCUCCAGCAACAUCCGGCCACAAGCGGGUCCAACAUCUGCUGCAACGCCUGCAUCAGCAGCUGCGUGCAGUGGACUAUGACCUUGGACCUUCUGCAUGGCAUGGCAGCUGCAGCUGUGCAAAGGGAUGGCAUUAGCAUUUCCACCACCAUCGCCUCUGCUGAAGAUCGAAGGUAUUGGCAGUUGGCCCUUUCUCUCAGCCCAUGGCAUUUGAGUCCCGACCUGGCGCAUGCCACCAAUGCCUGCAAUGCGCUUUCCAGUGCCUUGGAAAAGUCUGGGCAGUGGCAGCGAUCUCUUCAGAUCCUUCUGUCCAUGAUUCCCCGGCAGAUCCGCCCGGACCCCAUGACCUGCAACUCAGUCAUUAGUGCUUGCGAGAAAGUGGCUGUGUGGGACAUGGCCCUUGAUCUUUUGCCCCGUGCCCAGCACGACAUUUACAGCUUCAGUGCAGUUGCCAGUGCAUGUGUCAAUGUGGCUGAAGGUCGCAAAUGGAGGUGCGCCUUGUAUGUGGUGAACAGCAUGGAACAACAUGGCGUCAAAGGCAGCAGCAUCACUUUGAGCACCGGAGUGGUGGCAUGUGAACUUGGACGAUUCUGGCAGGGAGCAGUGGGCAUACUGUCCAAGACAUUGCCGCGCAUCUCUCCAGAUCUGGUUUUGCAGAAUGCUGCCAUUCGGGGGGUUGGAAGCGCAGCCAGUUGGCGGAAUGCGUUGCAGUUGCUGAGGGGCUCAGGUUUACAGGACGCCUUGAGCUUUCAAGGCGCCUUGGAGAUGUGCGAGCGUGCGGGGCGUGGGUCGCAGGCACCGGCUCUGCUGGAAGGUGCACUGGCAGCCGUUGCAGCAACGAAGGCUCUGCCCAAGCAGGAGACGGCAGGGUCAAAUGUUUGGGCACCAUUGGACCGUAUCCAUGAGGAGUUGGGGCAACCCAGGCAGCCCAUGGCUCCUCCAGCGGUUUCAGCUCCAAGCACAAAAGCUGCUCAAGCAAUGCCAGGUGAUGCGCAGAAACUUGCUGCUCCCGUGCAGGCAAAGCAGGUCUUUCCGGCCAACUCGCAGUCCCGGAAAGUAGCCAAGGCGGCGAAGGUGAAGGCCAAAAGCACACAUGCUCGAGGUCGGAUCGGCAGGCUCUACAGGUCACCUUCAGGACUUUCAGGACACAGCUCCGACACGACCUUCUCACCUGGCCCGGAAGAAAGCCUUCCACCACCGACUGUCAAAAAAGCGCCACGCAAGACAAAGAAGAGAAAGAAAAUUUUGCAGGCGGGUGAGGGCCGGUUGCCCGGGUGCUUGGGCAAACCCAAACCUGAAGAAGUACAAGACUCCAGCAGCCCCCAUGCAGGUCAUCCCUCAGACGAACCUUAUUAG